GUUCAUACUCGACUGGGGACUUACGAAGUCCUUGUCUCUUUAGACGUGUGACGUCUCUUAGGUCUUACCCGGAACCACAAGUCAUCGCAGAAGCGAUUGCCGCGUAUCAAUACAACAAUGAGAAACGGCUCCUCAGAUCACUCCCCCCCCCUUGACACCAUGACUAUUCCAUGCAUCACUAUGGUUGGCACUCGACCCAUCUUCUAUCUCGUCCCUGUCACAAAAGCGCUCAGCAAUGCGGUUGCCACUGGCCAGUAUCCCGAAGCUAAAACAACGGUCGUGAAGUGUGUCACCUCUUUAGGGCACAACCGUCGAAUCAGCGAAGGCAUGGAGACGCUGGAGUAUAGGCGCGUUGCUUUUGAGCGUUUUCUCGCAUUCAAAGCACUUGCGAAGGAGCAUUGGUAGACAUUCAUUAUCUGACUUACGUCGUGUGUGUCUCUAAAAAUUCUUCCGUCCGAAAUUUAACCUGAGUUUUCCAGCUUUCCGUGAUUUUUUUGUAACGAUUAGUUUCUUGAUCCGACUGGUGUAUGUACUGUAAAAACUAGACAAUGUAGGGUACUGCAUGCGCUGCGAGAUAAUACUUGACUCCAUUUUUCGUGUCAUGGGAC